GCGCGUACCGUGCGUGUGUGCACGCGCUGGAAUGGCACGGAUGAUAUCGGGUCAGCGUAAAAAAGUGGAGGAAGUAUGGAGAUUAUUUUCUGAUAUACAUAGGAGGCUGAGUGUUGGAGUACCGUCGAGGCGGAUGACGUGGCCCCUGCGGUACGACGCCCAGCAGCCGACCGCAUUCGGCUGUCGACCACUGUCGACCAGUCGUCAUUCCAUGCAUUGCCGAGCGACGCGGGGAUCCUGCAACGGUGUCAUCAUCGUGGUGCGAAAUACGUCGUUACAAUGCAUCGUUACGCAAACGGCAAGACUCUGUGAUAGGUCGACAUUGUUUGUCCGCCGCUCUAUUUGGCGGUGAACAUCGAUAUGCCAGUGCAUAUUAAUUAAUUAGGGAAUAAUGAGACCGGAAAAUUCCGAUUUGGAAACUUCAUGUGGACACGGGGGAUUCACCCAUCGGUGAAAUCUAGCGGUCCUCAACGUGUCUCAAAUCGGAAAUCUAUCGACACGAUUGCAGGAGCGAUUAUCUAAAAUUGUUCGGGGUUUUUAAUUUCGUGCACGAGGUUAUUUUGGUGAAACAUCUGGGCGAUAUCUUCUAUCUUAAAUGAUUCUAUCAUUAUAACUGGAGCGAUCGAGUAAAUACCUCAUUACUCAAGUGAUAAUUAUUCCUUGAUGGAAUACAAAUAAUAUUACAAAUAAAAUGUACAAAUUAAAGCCAAGUCUGCAGAUUUUGAUACUAUGUAUUCUAUUUGCUUGCGUUUCACAAGUACGGGCAGAAGGUAUUUCGUGUUUCAAGUGUCUUACAACAGUCAUAAAUGAAAAUGACUCAGAUCGGCUUUGUUCCCAUUUCGAUGGAAGUGCAAAAUUCCAGGUGUUUUGCCCAACAUCAACGCUUUGUAUGAAGAGAACCGUUCAGUAUCAAUCUAAAACGUCUAUAGUGACCACUGUUCAACGAGGUUGCGCGCCACAGAAUUAUAUUUUUAAAAUUUAUAAUGACGCUGAUAACAAAUGGUAUGAUAAGGAGGAGGUGAUAACGUCCGCUUAUGACGAGGGUUGCUUUACUGGAGAACAUAGAGGUGCACCUAGUCGCCCACCCGAAUACUGUUUCUGUAGUUUUCACUUGUGCAAUUCAUCCCCUCCACAAAUCGAAAUGUUUAGCAAACUGUGUGGGAUGAUAUUAGCGCUGAUAAUUAUAAGAUUGUUGUAAAACUUUAUAGUUUAUAGCACGCAAUUAUGUGUUAUUUAACAGAAAGUGCAAUUCAUACAAAAGUUUCAUGACAAAUCUUUUCUAUUAAUUACGAAAGUGUAGAGAUCCUUCAUGACAAAUUGCAAAUAUCAUAUCAUAUCAAGAGACAUGGUAGUAGCUUGCGCCAAGUAAAUGCACAGUGCAAGACCGACCGUGUUUAAUACAUACUGUAGUCUAUAAUAUACUCUAAUAUGAAUUACAAACUUAUUUUCUAAAACUGUUAUACAUAUAAAAUAAUUUAUUCUUAAUUUUCUGCUUGUGAAUAUCUCUAUUUUGGAAUAAUAUAUGCUUUUAAAUGAAAAAAAUCUUUCCUGGUCAAUUAUCUUAUUAAAGCUAAUAAUUGGAACGUUUCUUGAAUUUAGAAAAUGUAUAUUGCCAAUAAACAUCAAAAGAUAAAA